GAGAUUUCCUUUCCUAAGUAAAGAACCUACUGACCCCAAUGACUUACAGUUAGCAGUUUACUUGACUAUUUAAAGCAUAACAAUGAAGCUAACUUGAAAUAUUAUGUUCUUGAGGUAAUACUUUCCCAAUUUCUAUUGAUAGCAAAAGCAACAAGAAUGAGCCAACUUCCCUUGUUUAACAGUGGACUAGAAUUGGCCAAUUUAGCGGUCAAUUCCAAUUUACUACAUCUUUCACUGAAUGCAAUUUAUACUCUUCAAUCUGAAGCAGACCCAAAUCAACAGCAACGCCAAUCUUUAUCUCUAAGAUGGAAAUUUGAGAAGCAACAGAGUAAUACAAUUAUUGCUUUUGUGACUUCUCCUUGCUGUACUGUUCAUCAUCUUCAAGAAGGAGCUGAUUUGGUGUCAUCAGCGACCCUUAAGCAGGAGAACUUUAAUCACUUUGAAUUCUUAUGCUCUAAAGGCAAUCCAUCAUUUUCUGUCAAUAGAGCUGCUAUCGCCCUUUUUUACCAAAGUUUUGAUGAUUUUUCUCGCCUCAAAACCCAGUUAAUUGAUUCAGCGACGUGUAAAUUAUUAGUGGAUACUCCAUUAAUUGUUGCUGGAAACUCACUUGGGGGAUCGUUAGCUUCACUCUUUACCUUAUGGCUGCUAGACAGCAUCAAUCCAUCCUCAAAGUCCAAGCGUCCUCUCUGCAUCACUUUUGGGUCACCAUUAUUAGGCGAUUCCGGCCUUCAACGUGCAAUUUCAGAACGCUCGACAUGGAACUCUUGUUUCUUGAACGUCGCUGCCAACCAAGACCCAGUCCCAUGUCUCUUCAUUCCACCCCUUACUCAUCAAUAUUUGGCCUCAACUCCACAAACCGCUGCUUAUAGGCCCUUUGGUGCAUUUCUCUUGUGUUCCCAUUUGGGAUGUGCUUGUGCUGAGGACCCUGAAGUAGUUGCAUGUUUGUUAGCAGCAAUGGGCUUGGAAAGUACAAGAAGUCAGGUUUCUGGUGAACAGUUGCUGACUUAUUAUGGGACAUUAGUGGAGAAUCUGAAAACCAGAGUUAUCUUAAAGGGAAGUUCAGGCCUUAGUUUAUCAGUUAUGGAUUCACUUCAGGCAGGAUUUAUUCUACAACUGGAAGCAAUUGGAGAUCAAAGGAUUCAGCAACAACAGCACAACAUGGACAUUGCUGAUCUGAUAAAGAAACUCAAACAGAGGGAGCAAAUCUGUAUGUUAAAUAAAAGAAAAGCAUUGAAUCCAAGCAGAAAACUAAAUGAAAUAAAGAUCAAAAUGGCCUACCUAGAAUGGUACAAGAAGACCUGCAAGAAAAAAAUGGGUUACUAUGACAGUUACAAGAGUCUCUUGUCUACUAGUGACAGAGAAAUUACCAAGCAUAAGAAAUUUCUUACAAACUAUUGGAAAGACAUGGUUGAAGAAGCUGAGAAAAAGCCCCAAAAAGAAGGAUCAUUCAUUCGAGGGACAUGGCUUUAUGCAGGAAUGAACUAUAGAAGAAUGGUUGAACCUCUUGACAUAGCAGAAUAUUACAGGGAGAAGGGAAGAAGAAAUUAUGAGAGCGAAGGAAGAUCUAAACAUUACAUUCUUUUGGAGAAGUGGCAAAAAGAGGAUAUAGAGAAACCUACAGGCCCUGCAAGUACCAAAAAGAAACAAAAUGUAGCUGGUAGUCUGACUGAAGAUUCUUGUUUCUGGGCAUAUGUUGAGGAAGCUCUCAUUUCAAGUGAAGUGUUGAAGGAUGCAACAUCCAGUGCCGUGGAUAAACAAUCAUCAAGGGAGUACCUGAGUAAGUUUGAGACCUAUGUGAUGGAUCAAAUCAACAAUUAUGCAGUGUCGCCAGAGAUUUUCCUGAGAGAGAGCAGUUUUAUGAAAUGGUGGAGAGGGUUUCAGGAUGUUGCUUCUAAUUCUUCACUCCUCGACUUUAUGAAGAAUGCAAGAUAUGUCCAAUAUGAGAAGGGAUGCUUUUAGCCCUGUGAUAUCUUGUCUCUUGCAUGCAAAUGUAGCCAUAGAUUGAACUUGGUUGAUGGAAAUAAAUGUCUAAAUCUCAAAGUUGACUACUAUGCAAAAUCUAAAUGCAAUCCAGUCUACUAAAUCAUAAAUGGAAUCAUCUUUUUCCCUUUGUUCGUC